AUGGAGAAGAAAGCCGCCAUCAUUGAACAAGUCCAAAGCGGUCGGUCGCAGACAGAGGUGGGGAGGGAGUUCGGAACUUCGAAGCAAACUGUUUCGGACUUCAUCAAAAACGAGGUGAAGAUCUUGGAAGUGGCUGCCAAAUCAACCGGGGCUGGAAAGAAGAAUGCGAGUCAGGGUGUUUACCCGCAGCUCGAGGAAGCGCUCCUCGUGUGGCUCAGUGCCAUGAUCGCUAAGAAAAUCCCGGUGUCAGGCGACAUCCUGAAGCAGAAGGCGGAGGUUUUCGUGCUUCAGAUGAACGUGAAGGACUUCAAGUUCAGCGAUGGAUGGCUUCGCAAUUUCAAGAGCCGCAAUGACUUGAAGUUCAAGAAAAUGUGCGGAGAAAGCGGCGCCGUCGACGAUUCCAUUGUCGCCGAAUAUCGGGAUGGAAAGCUGCAGUCCUUGCUUCAGCAGUUUCCACCUAAUGAUAUUUUCAACUGCAACAAAACUGGACUGUUUUACAAGCUGCUGCCAGAGAAAACGCUUGCAUUUGCUGGUGACCCCUGCCACGGCGGCAAGCACAGCAAGGAGCGGCUCACUGUCCUCGUUGGCAGCAACAUGUCAGGCAGCGAGAAGCUUCUGUUACUAGUAAUAGGCAAGUUGAAGCAUCCAAGAUGUUUCAAGGGGGCAUUAACUCUGCCUGUUCUCUAUGAAGCUAACAAGAAGGCGUGGGUAACGCAGCAGCUAUUAGAAGCGUACGUGCGCAAGCUGGACAGAAGGUUCGAGCAGCAAAAUCGAAGAGUUCUGCUGUUUGUGGAUAACUGCGCUGCGCAUGGCCACAUCAAGGACCUAAAGGCUGUACAGAUUGAAUUUCUGCCGCCGAACACCACAGCAAUCCUGCAGCCGAUGGACCAAGGCGUGAUUCGUAACUUGAAGCAUCAUUACAAAUCACGCGUGCUCAGCCGCAUGGUGCUCUGCUCCGACAGCGGGAAAAGCUACGCUGUUGACCUCAGGUCUGCUGUCGGCAUGCUAGCGGAAUUGUGGAAGGCGGUUACGCAAGAGACUCUGCGGAACUGUUUUUGCCACGCGGGCUUCACACUAGACGCUGAGACUGCCGUCUCGCCCCAAGUGGACAGCGUCACCAACAUCCAGCUUCUAUGCUGA